CUCUGCUUGCGGGGCGGCGUCCCCUCAUGGCCCGGGCACGGCAGGGCGCCGGCGGGGAGGAGCAGGAGGAGGCUAGGGCUGCUGCAUCUGCAGCAGCAUGUGGGUUGCCCGUUCCUUUUAUAUCUCUGUGUUUUGUAUAUCUUUUUUUUUGUGUCCCCCAUCCUUCCCCCCGUCCACCCCUCCCCCUCAGGCUCUCUCUUCCUUGUGAGGGGUCUGGAGCACAUGUCCUGUGAGGAGCAGCUGUGGGAGCUGGGGAUGUUUAGCCUGGAGAAAAGAGGCUCCAGGAGGGACCUUACUGCUCUUCACAGCUGCCUGAGCGGAGGUUGUGGCCGGGUGGGAGUCGCUCUCUUCUCCCGGGCAACCAGCGAUAGGAGAGAGGCCAUGGCCUCAGGCUGCGCCGGGGGAGGCUCAGGCUGGACCCCAGGAGGGAUUUGUUCUCAGAAGGGGUGCUUGGAUAUUGGAAUUGACUGGCCAGGAGAUGGUGGAGUCACUGUCCCCGGAGGUGAUUAAGGAAAGUGGACGUGGCGCUCAGUGGCAUGGUCCAGUUGACAGGGUGGCAUUUGGUCACAGGUUGGAGAGAUGAUCUCAGAAGUGUUUUCACACUUAACUGAUUCUGUGAGUCCUGACACCGCUGGAGAGAUCUGUGGAGAAGAGUUGAUGUCAGGGUGCAAAGUCGCAGAAUUGUGGCCAGGGUGGUGCAAAAAUUACUAGCUCAGGGCUGAGAAGCCUUAGCAUGGCAGACUAGGAUGUUACUCAGAUGAGAAGGUGUCUGUUGAUCGUGUCAGUACUGAGGGAGUUUCUUGGAAGCAGAGGAGGAUGAAUUUUGGGUGGAAAGUGAAAAUGGAGGCAGAGGCAGGCACCUGCCGUGGGUGUGCAGACCCCCUGGUUGCUGCCUGAAGGUGUUGUGUUGGCUGUGCAGUCUGCAGGGCAUCCUCUCACCGGGGCUGGAGUGCAGGAAAAACGCCUUGUGUUUUGUGGCUUACAUUUUUAGAGGAGAGCUAUUUAAACUUUUCAGGAUUUAACUGAUACAUCUUCUUUUUCACGUUUGUCAGCUGACAUUUAGAAGGCUCCUAUUGUGCUUUGCCUUGCACAAAGAGGGAGCCUUUCCCUCAGGCUUUUUUUUUUUAAUUCAGUGUGAUAAGUCACUGUUUGAAAACUCUGUCAUUACAGAGGACUUUUUCAGAAGGGACACACUUAACAAAAAAAUAAAGUGCAUUCUUUAGUUUCCACUUAGAUUAUGGUUUUAAUUGACUGUAAGACAGGAAUUGAAGUUAUCUGUAGUCAUUGGUGGGGUGAAAGAAGGUGUGGGUUCCUGGUGCUGGUCUUAAUGUUAUGGUCUUCAAAAAUGAAAAAAAAUAAAUGCUUGGAGACGUGACUCAGUCCAGAUGAGAGCAUCCUGAAGGCAGAAACCAUAGAAAUAUAAAGAUUUGAAACCUCAUUAAAAAUUACUGAGGUUUUGAUGGAAGUAGAUAAAAGCAAAUGUCUCAAUACUUAUGCAUGGUAUUUUUGGAGGAGAAAAACAGGACUCUCUAUGAAUCAAUAUGUGCUGUUUGGAUGUAGUUCAGUCACACAGUGGCUUUUAUGGUUCUAAAUUGUACAUGAUUUUGUUCUUGGGUGGUGUCUGUGUGCCAAAGAAAAAUAAUACAGAUCAAGGAGACUGUACAUAUCUAGUCAAAAGUACUGUUUCUUGUGCAGUAUUAUUUGAAAUAGCUGUGCCUUGUACCCCUAUACAACAUGUUUUACACAAUUAUGGAAGUGUUUCCAGUUGAUUGGUUGCACGUAUGAAAGAGACAAUUAAAAAAAUAAGACACAAAGUUGCAACUGCUGCCUGAACCCCACCCUAUACUAUCCUUCUGUUGGAAAUAUUUCAAAUGUUUGCAGCUCUUUCAAGUAGCAGGGUUAGACGCUGGUUUAGAGGUGUAUUACUGAAGUAGUAUAAUGCAAUAGUGAUAAAACUGGAAGUGCUGGCAGCUUUUAUGUCUGUGUGAUUCUGCCAGCUGCAUUCUUGCUAAAAGUGUGCUAAGUUAAAGACAAAUAAGAGAAAUACUUGCAGGCAUACCUGUAGUCCUGGUAGCAUAAUUUAGGAGGAGGAAUCAGAUAAAUGUAAAAUAGUCUGAUUGACUGGCUAUUUUGAAAAGUGAGCUAUGUUUUCAGUAAAUUUUUGGGCUUUUAACUGAUCCGUUAUCAAGCAAUAGCAAGACAUCUGUGAGGGUGUGCUGGAGAAAUCAGGAGUGUUUAAGGCUGGAUGCAUGUGUCAAGGUCUGGUUUGGACAUGUGAAGAUGAGUAUCUGAUUGUGCAUAUGGCUCAGGACAUUUCACUAGAUUAGGUAUUCAUCUGUAGCUCAUCAGUAAGCCUAGGUUUGAGUCUGAAUUGUGAACAUUUUUUGUUGUUGUUGUAUUGUUUUGGGUUUUUUUCCCUUUGGUAAUGAGAAUUUCCAGUGUGAUUCAGUGUUUCCUCCUGAAGAAGGAAUCAUUAAGGUGACUUAAGAGCUCCCUUUUGUUGGUCAUGUUCUAAAGCAGUAGGAGAAAGUCCUGGAGCUGAGCAAACAGCCAUGCACAGUUCCUGCAGAAAGCAAUGAACCAAGCAUCUGUGCAUCUUUUAGAUAGGCAGAGUGAAGAACAGCUGGUUUAUGAUCCUUGUCUUUUAAGGUUUCUGGAGUCAAGUGUUUUACUGGAAAGUUGGAGUUUAAUCAACAACUUGUACAGCUGUACAAUUUGUUCUUCUCCUCAUUCAUUAUGCCAACUUGUUAGAAGCUAAUUAACCUGAAAUAUAGAAGAGUAAAAUAUUAUCUCUUUGGAGUGCUGUUUUAAUAGCUGCUCGUGAAACAAAGUUUACCUUUUCUCUGAAGAAAACUUGAUAAAUAUUUAGGUUAAUGAAACAUUCCUAGAUUUCAACAGGGAGCAGUAAAUCUGCUGUUGGAGUAGUGGAGACCUUCAGAAUAUAUGCUGUGGAAGGCAUCUUUUAAAAAAACAACAACCUUCCUUUUGUUGAUUUGUUUAAGAGGUCAGAGAUUAAACAAGAGCUUUUAUAAGAAAGGCUUUCAGAGAGUGGUUGAUAAACCAGCUGGAUUGACUUUUAAAUAAUUAAUUUCAGCUUUGGUUUGCAUUUCUAUUUUGAAAGCUUCAUAUUAUUUUUCUGCUCUUGGUUGCUUGGUAACCACUGGAAGGCUCUGAUUUUUUUUUCUUGAGGUGAAUACAUACUUUACACCUGGUACAUUAAACAGAUGAUUGCUUUAAGUAGUUACAUAGCUUGCAAAUGAAAUGGUAUUUCAGUAUUUUGAUUUUAGCUGAUAUUUCACUUCUGUAGAUAUAGCUCCUGAUGUCAAAGGCUGUGAUAAUAAUUGAAGAAAUUCUGGUUCUUCAGGAAUUCUUUAGGCAGUGGCUUUUCCUUGUUUGCUUGUUUGAAGUAAAAGGAAAAGUAACCCAAACCCAAGGCAGUGAGUGUACCCUGGCUGAACAUACUGAGUGCUAGAAAAGAAAAAUUAAUUCCUAGAUGUGAGUUCUUUCGUGAAAGACAGUUAAUUGACUCUAACCCGCCCAAAUAAGGAACAUACAAUUACAUUUCAUGUAUGUAAAGAUAAAGCUAAGAAGAAUCCUUGUGUGAUAUUAUCCAUUAAAGGAAAAAAAGAAUAAAGGCACCUCACUCUAAAGACAAUAGAGUGAAAAUUAAAAAAUUCAAAGCGGAAGCCUGAGGAAGAAUCUCCAUCCCACUACUUGGAUUGUUGAUUUCCUUGCUCUUCUGUCUGAAAUCUUGCACAGUAUACAAAAAGUCAGGGAAAAUUUGGCUUUUAUUCAAAUCUUUUGUUUUGUGCCUACAAAAUCAAAACAGAGUAGUAUAACUGUCUAAGAUAAGUACAGAAAAGAAAAGAAAAUAGGCAGCAAAAAUGGUUGAAAAGCAAACCUGGGCUUGUGGAAAAUGAAGCGUUCUUUAUGGCUCUUGCCAGACAGUUUGUGUUCCCCCCUCCCCUGGCUGUUUCUGAAGGCUGAGCUGAUCAGUCCAGAUAGAUGAAAUGAAACGUACCAUGAUGCUGACGUCUUUCAGUCUGACCAUUGAUGUGUGCAGGAUGUGUGCUCUGAAAAAUAGAGCCAUCUGCAAUUAGAAUUUGGAUUUGGGAAGGGGAUAGCUUUAUUCAACUCAGUAUUUUAAUUGUGAUUUAAAUCUGGAGAGAAGAGAAAUUUUGAUCUGAUAACUGGUUUUAAUAUUGCUUUACAUUUGUUUUUGGAAAAAGUCUUUGUUAGUGAUAGCUGACAGCUGCAUUUGCGUGCAAUGUCAGGACUUCUGGUAGUUGCAAGUAUAUGUGCAUGCUUUGGUGGUUAUGUAGCUUACUCGGAUUUUGAAACUUUACCUUUUGCCAUUCCUUUUUCUGUACACUUGGUCUCCAGAUGUUUUAACUAAAAAUGCAGAAAAUUGAGUUUUACUAUCUACACAUUGUUUAGACAGUUCUAGUUUAGAACUAUUAAAAAUGGGUUUUUACAUAUAUAUAUAUAUAUAUGUAUAUAUAUAUACAGAUACUCCUGUGCCUAAACUUGUUUUCUAUAGCGCUUAUUGCUUUAUUUCUUUAGCAAUAAGGUAGUUUUUGCAAUUGGCAAAUCUAAUGUUACUGUUUGGAUUUUACUAGUGCAUGAAACAGUUCUAAAAACUAAAAACAGAAUAGUGAUGAUCCAACGUAGGUGUAUUUUUAUUAUUGAGCUCUUUUCCAUUGAUUAAAAAGGGAGGACAGGUCUUCCUAGCCUCUCCUCCCAGCAGGCUUCUCAGUGAGUGGAACAUUUUUUUAGCUGAGUUGAAGAAAAUUCUCUUUGUGCAUCUGUAGAUGUCAAAAGCUGUUUUAUCAUUGAUGCUAUGUUCUCUUUCCAGGUGAUGAGCAAAUCAUCUGGCAUUAGCAGUGAGCUUGUGUUGGUUGAAUGCUUUUAAUUAAAUUAUUCUCUUAGACUUAGGGUAGGGCACAAGCCUCUUUCAAAAUGGAAGCUAAUUUAAUUUUUUUUAACCUUUUUUAAUGAUAAUUUAAGUUUAAAAAAGUUGUUUUUUUCUUUGUUGUUGUUUUGUUUUUAUAAAAUCAGUCUGUAUUUCCCUGCGGUGUCAAAUCACAGUCACAGCUUGAUGCUGUGUAGUAGUUUUUAUUCUCUGGUAGUGAAUUAUGCUGGCAUAACAUGCAUUCAAUAUAUUAAAAUUCACCUUCCCUUUCCCACAGCUGUACAUAGUAAUAUCAGAAGCUGUUGCACUGUGGCUUCUUUGUUCCUUUACCACAGAAUAAGAAUUAGCAGAUUUUGUUAUGCUGGUAGUUAUUUUGUAUAGGCUGCACAUUGUGUCACUCUUAGACUUAAUUCCAGAUUUGAGUACAGCUAAAUUUCCAACAUGAGGUUCAGAUGCCCAGUUGCAGUACUGACCUUUUGGUCCCAUCAGAGUCUGAGCUCUGGUGAGAGUGCUGAGAUAGUCUGAGUUACUGCGUUGGCAUUUAAACAUUGCAAAAAAGUAAUAACAGAAAUUACUGGCAGACUUUCUGUAGUGAUUGGAAUCAGUUCUCUGGUGUGACUGAGAUUCUGCUCCUUUGGGAAUCCAAUAACCGUUCCUUAAUGCUAAUGAAGCACACUUGUUAAGUCCCUUGUUUUCCCUGGAGAUCAGGGUUUAAUUCUCCCAAAACUUCAGUUCAUUUCUUUGUCUUUUAAUGUGGUGAUUGACCCUUAUAGAAACUGGGAGACUCAGGUGGAUGGCUGUGUCCCCAUGGAAUUCUGGUGUUAGUGGUCUCAGGUGGGGUAAUGGUUAGUCUCUUUCUCCAGCAACCUCUUCGGAUCCUAGAGAAAAGAAGAUGAUGUGAGGAAAGGAUUGUGCUUGAUUUGAUGUAGGCUAAUGAACCUUUCUUGUGCAGCUGCACAUUUUUUCUCCAUUACACCUAGUAGAGGAUCGAAGAAGUAAUUUUCUAGGCUUUCAGCUUUCUGAAGCCACUAGCAUCACUUCUGAUGUGGGAAUGUGCUUUUCACCAGCCAACUUUUAUUAUCCCAUCUCUGGCAGGGAUCCUCAGUUAAGGUUGCCAGCUUUUUUUUUUUUCAUUGUCUUAUGAUUUAUCUUCCAGGGCUUUGGAUAUUCUCCUCCUUCUCCUUUCUCUCCCACUUGCAGCUAAAAAACAGGGAGUGAAAGAGUCAGGAAGGAGCUGGAAAUGUUCAAAAUCCUAGGCUUAAGAUAGUGAAACCUUGGUGCUUGCUGUUAUUUCUGACUGCUGACCUAUUGUGGAGCUGGCAGACUGCAGUGUGUUGAAGCUGAAAUGCUUUUCUUUCCUAUGUGUGCCUUUUGCUGCUAAGGCUUUCCCUCUGUGUGGGCAGGAGGUUUUCAUUGCAAGAGUUAUAACAUGAGCAGAACUGGAUGAAAGGAUAGCUUCUGCUCUGAGAGCUGGAGGAACAGUUCCCUCUUUGGAAGACCCAGCCAGGGACAGCUGCUCCUAAAGGUUCCCAGAAUAUCAGUGCUCCUCUGUCUGCUUUAGAAGUUGGUGUGGAUGACUACAGCUCAGAGUCUGAUGUGAUUAUUAUACCUUCAGCCCUGGACUUUGUCUCACAAGAUGAGAUGUUGACGCCUUUGGGAAGAUUGGACAAGUACGCUGCAAGUGAGAACAUAUUUAACAGGCAAAUGGUGGCUCGAAGUUUGCUGGACACUUUGAAGGAAGUCAGUGAUGAUGAGAGAGAUUGUAUUGCUGUGUUGGAGAGAAUCAGCAGAUUAGCUGAUGAUUCAGAGCCAACAGUGCGGGCAGAACUGAUGGAACAGGUGCCUCAUAUUGCUAUGUUCUGUCAAGAAAACAGACCUUCAAUCCCUUAUGCUUUUUCCAAAUACCUGCUACCAAUUGUGGUGCGAUACCUUGCCGACCAGAAUAACCAGGUCAGAAAAACAAGCCAGGCAGCGUUGUUAGUGCUGUUGGAGCAAGAACUCAUUGAGAGAUACGAUGUGGAGACCAAAGUAUGCCCUGUGCUGAUAGAUCUGACAGCUCCAGACAGCAAUGAUGAUGUGAAGACAGAAGCUGUGGCUAUUAUGUGCAAAAUGGCCUCCAUGGUUGGAAAGGACAUCACGGAAAGACUUGUGCUUCCCAGGUUCUGCGAGAUGUGCUGUGACUGCAGGAUGUUUCAUGUUCGUAAGGUAUGUGCAGCCAAUUUUGGAGAUAUCUGCAGUGUGGUUGGACAGCAGGCCACUGAAGAAAUGCUGCUGCCAAGGUUUUUCCAGCUCUGCUCUGAUAAUGUGUGGGGAGUUAGGAAAGCCUGUGCUGAGUGCUUCAUGGCAGUUUCUUGUGCAACAUCGCAGGAAGUCCGGAGGACAAAGUUGUCGACCCUUUUUAUUAAUUUGAUUAGUGAUCCUUCACGAUGGGUUCGCCAAGCAGCUUUUCAGUCUCUGGGGCCUUUCAUAUCAACUUUUGCUAAUCCAUCCAGCAGUGGCCAGUACUUUAAGGAAGAAGAUGGUAAAAACCCAGAAGGUUGUGAUUCUGCACAGGAGAGCAGCAGUGAGCAAGUCAGGACCACAGAAGAUGGCACAACAGAUGAAGAGCACAACAGGACAGAGGAUCUGUCUUCACAUUGCGAUGAUAGUGAUGAUUUUGCAACAAAACUUGAAAAUGUCAUAGAAGAUCAAAAUACAGUGUCAAAUAACUCCAAGAGGGAAAGUGAUUUCCAGACUGAAUCAUCCUUCCAUUGCACUUUGUCUUCAGAAUCUUGUGGGGAAAUGGCAGAUGAGAACGAGCAAAGUUCUCAUUGCUGUACAACAGCUGUGCAGGAGGCUGGGCUGAAUUCACAGGAAACCUCUCUUUCAGAGCAGGAAUUAUACAACUCUUUCCAUUUUUGGAGGACUCCACUUCCUGAAAUAGAUAUUGACUUUGAGCUUCAGCAGACUUCUGAUAUAAAACUCGAUAGAGAAAUUCAGGAACUCACUAUGCCAGUGUCUCCAAGCAUUCCUAUGGCAACAAGGAAAGAAUUAGAAGAAAUGAUAGAAAAUUUGGAACCCCAUAUAGACGAUCCAGAUGUUAAAGGUCAGGCAGAGGAAGUCAGGACAGGUGUUGUCUCCAUCCCGUUAAAGCCCCUAAGCAAGGGCAGUCCAGCACAAGUGGAGGUGUUGUCUGCUGCACUCAGAGCAUCCAGUUUGCAUCCUCAAGACGAGACAAUGGCCAGUGUUGGCAAGGGAACAGAUUCACAGACUGAACUAACCAUCAAUGACCAACAAAGUUUUAAACCUAUACUGGGUGAUAUUGUGCCUUUAAUUGGUGACACUGUCGAGAGUAUGGAUUCUACACUUCACUAUAUUCAUAAUGAUUCAGAUUUGAGUACCAACAGUAGUUUCAGCCCUGAAGAAGAAAGAAAAUCCAAAGUGCAGGAUGUUGUACCUCAAGCCUUGCUGGAUCAGUAUCUCUCCAUGACUGAUCCGUCCCGCGCACAAACAGUGGACACCGAGAUUGCCAAGCACUGCGCCUACAGCCUGCCCGGCGUGGCACUGACCCUGGGCAGGCAGAACUGGCACUGCUUGAAGGACACCUACGAGACUCUGGCAUCUGACAUGCAGUGGAAGGUUCGGCGGACACUGGCAUUUUCCAUACAUGAGCUUGCUGUCAUCCUUGGAGAUCAGCUUACAGCUGGAGAUUUAGUUCCUGUCUUCAAUGGCUUUUUGAAGGACCUAGAUGAAGUGAGGAUAGGUGUGCUUAAGCACUUGCAUGACUUCCUGAAGCUUCUUCAUGUUGACAAAAGACGAGAGUAUCUUUAUCAGCUUCAGGAAUUCCUGGUGACUGAUAAUAGCAGGAACUGGCGUUUCCGUGCUGAGCUGGCUGAGCAGCUGAUUUUGCUCCUAGACCUGUACAGUGCCAGGGACAUCUAUGACUACCUGCGGCCUAUUGCUUUCAGCCUCUGUGCAGACAAAGUGUCCUCUGUCCGCUGGAUUUCCUACAAGCUGGUUAGUGAAAUGGUGAAAAAGCUGUACAUGGCUUCAACGCCAACCUUCGUGAUAGACCUCAUGAAUGAACUUGUUGAAAAGUUCUGUAGAUGCCCCAAAUGGUCUGGUCGGCAGACUUUUGUCUUUAUUUGCCAGACUAUCAGUGAAGAUGACUGCCUGCCCAUGGACCAGUUUGCUGUGCAUCUGUUGCCACACUUACUACACUUGGCAUCUGACAAGGUUCCAAAUGUUCGAGUCCUUCUCGCAAAAACAUUGAAGCAAACCCUUUUAGAGAAAGAGUAUUUCCUGAAUUCUGCCAACUCUCACCAAGAAGCUGUGGAACAAACAAUUAUGGCUCUUCAAAUGGAUGGUGACAGUGAUGUCAAGUAUUUUGCAAGCAUCCACCCUGCCAGUACCAAAAUUGCGGAUGAUGCCAUGAGCACUGCUUCAUCAACUUACUAAGUUCCCAAUGUUGCUAUAAUUAAAAAAAAAAAAAUUAAACCAACUAUCCUCAAAUGCUUCUAAAAUGGUUGAUUUAGAGCAACCUCUUUGGAAGAAGGGAUUUCUUGCCAGAUUUAACAGGUGGAUGUUAUCUAAAUGUGAUAACCAGGGAUUUUAAGUCAAGGCAAAGUAAGCAUACCUGUGUCAGCUUGACUUUAGAAAAACACUGCUCAGAGGAUUAUUUUUGCCACCGAAGCCUUAAAUCUUCUGUCUUCCUGAACAAAUGAAACUUGAAUUGGCAGAUCAUUUUCAUUGUAGAAAGGAUGUGAUGAUUUCCAGAGACCUGCAUUGUUUCUCCUGAGGAGUUAACUUAGCAAGUAUUUUCUGUAGCAGCUGAUGGGCGGGAUGGCCAGAGAGGCGAGUUUGUACAGGGACUGAGACCUCCAGUAUUAGACCUAAAGUUUUUAUCAGUCAAGGACUUGAUUUGUGUGCAGCUGGGCACACCCUUAAGUGGGAAUGGCUUUGAUGUUUGUAAAUGGGAAAAGUAGAAAUUUGGAUUUCUCUUAAGGGCUCAGUGCUAACACUAAACUAGAAUCUGAUUUUAAUCCUUAAAUGCAGCAUAUUGCUGUAUCCAUUAGCAGAAAACUUUGCUGAGUACCUGUGUCCUAAUUAUUUUCAUGCUGGUCAUGACCUAAAGGAAAUUUAUUAGCACAUGUACUUUAAGUCAGGUAUUUUUAACUUGAUCAUGAUCAGCUCUGAAGGUGCAACUUUUUUCUUCAUAUACUGUACAUAUCUGUGAGCCUCCUUGGAGUGCUGCAGUCUAAUCUUGUUGUUUAAAAGCUGUUGUGAUACAAGUUGUUCUCUACUUGUCCAAAUAAAAUUUAUUAAUAAGAUGGAAAGAAAUCUUGUGACCUUUUUAAGACAUUAAAAAAAAAAGUUUGAAAUUUAA